GCACCGACACACUCACGUACGGCCCCUGAUCCCUCGACUGACUCUCCAGCCCGCCGUGCUCUCCUGCCGGUUCCUAACCGAGGUCCACAGUCACCAGGUUUCCUGUGAGUGGUCAUCUGUGAGCUUUCCCGAGAAAAAGAAGAUUGGCAGAGAAAACACAGGAGGGACGUCGGGAGCUUUUCAGAAACACACGUUCGGGCUAUGCACAUGUUAAAAGAACAACAACUCAAAUUUUAACAGAACUUAUCAGAAAUAACAACACAUCGCAGCAUAAUGUAGUUCUGACUGGCUUCCUCCAUGCAACAUCUUUGGUUGGCUGAUUUAAUUGGCCGGCUAUAGACUAAAGGACCAAUGGAGCAGGUCAUGGAGGAUCUAAACCUCUCCUAUCUGCUGGAACAUGAGAGAGAAAUGAUCCUGAAGGUGCUGCAGAAAGAUGAGAAACUGAGGAAACGAGAGGAGAAGAGGAUACGGAAGCUAAAGAAUGAGUUGCUGGAGAUCAGACGGAAAGGUUCCCGUCGACCUCAGGAGUCGGGGGACCGACAGUGUGCUCGCUGCACUAAGACUUUGGGCCUGAUCUUUGACCGCGGAGAACUCUGUGAGGAGUGUGAGCUGCGUGUCUGCAGUGACUGCCGCGUUACAACUCCCAAGAGACGUCAAUGGAAGUGUAACGUUUGUGCCAAGAUCUCGGAGCUGAAGGUUGUGACAGGAGAGUGGUUCCUGGAGGAGAGGUCCAAGCGCUUUGAGCAGAAAGUGCCAAGCAGUGACGUGGUUAAACAGACAAUCAUAAGCAGCCCACCAACCUUAGACAAAAAGUCUACAGAGAACUUGUCAGUCUCUUCUGAGCCAGAGAGACUCGACGCCCCAAAACCCAACAAAAGCGCAAUACACAAUGUUGUGGACGGCAUAAGAAAGAAAGGAAGGAUGAAGAUGGAUAAAAAAGGCAGCAGGUCCACUUUGAAGCCAGAGAACGGCGUCGACAACAUCAGUGCCAAAUCAGAUGGAGAAGCUCAGAGUGUAAAAAGUGUUCGCUCUGGUCAGAGUCCACGUUCAAACAGGGGCGAUGCAGUGGCUUUGGAGUCUUCAGGGAUGCCAACUGUACCCAACAACCUACGUUCCCAAACUCUGGACAGAUCCUCCACUCCCAGCGACAACCGGAGGGUCAGGCCUGAUGGAGCAGAGAGCGUUGCCAGUUUACACUCCAGCGAUAGCGAGAAGAAAGCUGCCACCCAACAGAGGAAGAAUUCUGGCACUCCAACCAUUUCUGUGUCCAGGGCCUCGAUCUCUUCAGAUCACAGCCGCUCAGAGAUGGACCUGUCAGCUCCUGGUUCUGAACCCAGUGAUGACGCCUUUAGUCUCAGAAGCCGCUCAGUCCCUGGGCUCAACGAAACAGAGUUUUCUGAUGAGGAUGCGGAAGAAGACAUCGAUGCCCUCAUGUCAGCCCACAGCCAGACUGCCAGCCGACGUCUCAGUGUUGCAGUGUCAACGAGUAGUAUAAACAGCAUGAUGAGCAUGUACAGUGAGACUGGUGACUAUGGCAACGCCAGGGUGAGCGGUGAGAUCCUGCUUAACAUCAGCUACAGCUACAAAACAGGCGCUCUCAAUGUGCUGGUGAAAGAGUGUCACAACCUGGCGACAGGAGAUGAGAGGAGGCAACGCACAGAUGCAUAUGUGAAGACUUACCUGCUCCCUGAUACAUCACGACAAAGCAAGAGGAAGACGAGCAUCAAAGCCAACACCAUUAACCCUGUUUUCAGCGAGAAUCUGAGGUACGUGAUCAGCCACUCGCAGCUGGAGACACGAACUCUGCAAGUCUCUGUGUGGCACCACGACCGAUUUGGACACAACAGCUUCCUGGGAGAAGUGGAGCUGACAUUUGACUCCUGGGAGUUUGAUUCACAGAUAGAGGAGUGGUAUGCUCUGCAGCCCAAGCUGGAGAGCAGUAUUGAUUCCACAAUGCAGUACAAAGGAGAACUAACUGUCGUGUUGAAGUAUAUACCUGCCGAGAAGAACCUCACACUGCCGCUGGACCAAGUACAAGUGAAGAAAGGGUUCCUGAAGAGCAAGAAGACGAGCAGCUUCACGCUGCCUAAAGGGGGCAUGGUUGAGCUGUUAGUCAAAGGAGCCAAAAAUUUAACCGCUGUCAAGUCUGGAGGCACUUCUGACUCUUUUGUUAAAGGAUACCUGCUCCCUGACAGCAACAAGUCAACCAAGCACAAGACAGCAGUGGAGCGGCGCACGGUGAAUCCACAGUGGAACCACACCUUUACGUACUGUGGCCUGCAGCCAGGAGACCUCAACAAUGUCUGCCUGGAGCUCACUGUGUGGGAUAAGGAGGCUCUGGCCAGCAAUGUGUUCCUGGGAGGAGUCAGGCUGGGAGCUGGCACAGGCAAAAGUUACGGGAAUGAGGUAGACUGGAUGGACUCAUACGGAGAGGAACAGCGACUGUGGCAACGCAUGAUCGAAAACCCAGAAGUCCCUCAUGAGUGUACUCUGAUGCUGCGAUCCAGCAUGCGCAAAUGUAAUACAUGAGCCGGGCCGAAGCACAGAGAGAAUAAAAGAGAAAAACAGAAGGAGAAGAGAAAAAAUGAAGGUGUGACGAAAGAGAUGGAGAACGGUGAAACGGUCAAGAGAAGCAACACAGCAGAGGGUCCAGGACUCAAACGACCGUCCCUUUCCUUUGUUCUUUCACCUGAGAUGCUCUGUUUAGACUCCUUCUCCUGUCCAGAACAGCCAGUCAUGCCUUACACACUCAUCAAUAUGUGCCCCUCUGCCCUCGAAAGCAUCUAUUCUUGACUAAGCACUGCUGUUUACUGCUGUAUAUGAAAGACGUGUUGUAUGUAACUUACCGUACCUACUGAAAGAGCACAUGGUGUGAAUCCUGAUGUGUAUGUCCACGUCUCUGUGAUCCAUGUAAUUUCUGCAUGUAGUCAGAGCAACAGAGACCAUUUGUAAGGCAUUAGAUGAGAUACUAAUCAGUAACAUACUGUAGAGAUUUAGACAUUCCCUUUAUGAGCAACAAAGCUCCAUCCUCGUCUGAAGCACACAAUGAGACUGAGAUUCAUCCCCCUUGUGUUGUGUACAGAGGUGGAUGGAGACUGAUGCUAGUUCUACUGCCCUACUGAAGUAGUACUCUUACUUGACUAUUAUUA